ACGGGGGCAACUUGGAUAUUUGGAAUUGAAGGGGUUUUAUGAGGUAUGGGCAUUUUAGUAAAUUUAAGGCCAGUCAGAAACGACGGUUCCUUAAAGAGCGUGGCAUCGUCGAAGUAAUUUUCGCUGGAGGAGUCAGAAACGGCGGUGCUGCGACCGAUCUGUGGUUUUCAAUUUACGGGCGGAGGCUGCCUGCCUGCCUCUCUUGCCUUUUUAUCCUUUCUCUCUCCUUCUUUACCAAAAUCUUGCCCUCUUUUUUUCUUCGUCUUUUGUUCCCCCCAUCAAAAACAUCUCUCUCUCUCUCUCUCUCUCUGAACAUUUCCCCUUCUCUCUGCAAAAACUUCAUAUCCCAUUCUCUCUCAUUCUUUUUUUCUCUCUGCAAAAACUUCAUAUCCCCUUCUCUCUUUUUUUUCUUUCUUUCUCUCUGCAAAAACUUCAUAUGAGUUGAGUGUGCCUUUCAGAGAUCAGAAUGGAAAUGGCUUAUCCUAUUGUCUUAGAUAUGGAUUGGGUUGGAGGUUCUUUCGGUAUAGAGAAUAUCCUGAACUUCUCCAACGAAGAAAUGGCCCAGCUCUGUGAAUAUGAUGAAGAAGCGGUAGAGAGAGAAACAACCCAACAACAACAAGGUACUACUCCCUCUCCGAACUCAGCCCAAAGUUCCGGCGAACCCAUCUUUCCGCCGGUGGAGUUGUUGCAGGCGGAGAGCGGCCCGCAGAAGCCGUGGAGGCGGCCGAGGAGCAAGCGGCCGAGGCCAGCACCUCGAGUGUGGACGCUCUCCCCGCAGGAAAUAGGGUCGCCGGGAAAAGGGUUUCCGGCGAAGAAGUGGCCGGAAAGAGAGGCUCCGGCGAGGAGGUGCAGCCAUUGUUUGGUGGAGAAGACACCUCAAUGGCGGAUGGGGCCUAUGGGGCCAAGAACGCUCUGUAACGCGUGCGGCGUCCGUUACAAAUCGGGGCGUUUGUUUCCUGAAUAUCGGCCGGCCGCGAGCCCAACCUUUAGGCUGGACCUGCAUUCCAACAGUCAUAGAAAAGUUUUGGAGAUGAGGAGAGGGAACACCAAUAAUGUCCUUGUUAACUGAAUUAAUGUCCUCUUUAACCUAGCCUUUUAUUUUUUUUAUUUUUACUUAGAGGAAAAUUAGGCACAUUGGUGUGUGGUGAUUGUUUUUUCUCACUAUCUAAAAUUUUUAUCUCUCUCUCUUCUUCUA